UCCUCGGCGAUCAGCCUGGCCGCCCCCAGGGACACGGACCACGAGCUCACGCAGAAGCUGGUGGAGACCCUGAAGCCCUUCGGGGUGUUCGAGGAGGAAGAGGAGCUGCAGCGCAGGAUUCUAAUUUUGGAAAAACUAAACAACUUGGUGAAGGAGUGGAUACGCGAAAUCAGUGAAAGCAAGAGUCUUCCGCAAGCUGUGACUGAGAGUGUUGGGGGGAAAAUUUUCACGUUCGGCUCUUACAGACUGGGAGUGCACACGAAGGGUGCCGAUAUCGAUGCGCUGUGCGUCGCGCCGAGACAUGUCGACCGCAGCGACUUUUUCACCUCAUUUUAUGAUAAAUUGAAACUACAGGAAGAAGUCAAAGAUUUAAGGGCCGUUGAGGAGGCAUUUGUACCAGUGAUCAAACUGUGUUUUGAUGGGAUAGAGAUAGAUAUUUUGUUUGCAAGAUUAGCAUUGCAGACUAUUCCAGAAGAUUUGGACUUAAGAGAUGACAGUCUGCUUAAAAAUUUAGAUAUUAGAUGCAUAAGAAGCCUAAAUGGCUGCCGGGUAACUGAUGAAAUUUUGCAUCUAGUACCAAACAUUGACAACUUCAGGCUAACUCUGAGAGCCAUCAAAUUGUGGGCCAAAUGCCACAAUAUCUAUUCCAAUAUAUUAGGUUUCCUUGGAGGUGUUUCCUGGGCUAUGCUAGUAGCAAGAACCUGCCAGCUUUAUCCAAAUGCAAUAGCAUCAACUCUUGUUCGUAAAUUUUUCCUGGUGUUUUCUGAAUGGGAAUGGCCAAAUCCAGUGUUAUUAAAAGAGCCUGAAGAACGAAAUCUUAAUUUACCUGUGUGGGACCCAAGAGUAAAUCCCAGUGAUAGGUACCAUCUUAUGCCUAUAAUCACACCAGCAUAUCCACAGCAGAACUCCACAUACAAUGUUUCAGUUUCAACCAGGAUGGUCAUGAUUGAGGAGUUUAAGCAAGGGCUUGCUAUCACACAUGAAAUUUUGCUGAACAAGGCAGAGUGGUCCAAACUUUUUGAAGCUCCAAGCUUCUUUCAAAAGUACAAACAUUAUAUUGUACUUCUGGCAAGUGCACCAACAGAAAAACAACAUCUAGAAUGGGUGGGCUUGGUGGAAUCAAAGAUCCGAAUUCUGGUUGGGAGCUUAGAGAAGAAUGAAUUUAUUACACUGGCACACGUGAAUCCCCAGUCAUUUCCAGCACCCAAAGAAAAUCCUGACAAGGAAGAAUUUCGUACAAUGUGGGUGAUUGGGUUAGUGUUAAAAAAGCCAGAAAAUUCUGAAACUCUCAGUAUCGAUCUCACCUAUGAUAUUCAGUCUUUCACAGAUACAGUUUAUAGGCAAGCAAUAAAUAGUAAGAUGUUUGAGAUGGAUAUGAAAAUUGCUGCAAUGCAUUUAAGAAGAAAGGAGCUUCAUCAACUACUCCCUAAUCAUGUUCUUCAGAAAAAGAAAACACAUUCUGCAGAAGGUAUAAUGUUGUCAGCUGUAAAUGACAGCAACCUCCACUUGACUGUAGAUAGUGAAAACAGCAUGUCUGUGCCUUUACCUAUGGGUGCCACAAAGACUGGCCCAUUGACUGGCAGCCCUCAGGGAAGAAGCAGUCCUGCUCUGGCUGUGAUGGCAACAUCUGUGACCAACAUACAGGCUCCUGAACUUUCCUUGCAACAAGUGAAUCCCAGUGAAAGCUCAGGGGUUACAUUGAGUGAAAGCAUUCCUCAGACUCCCUCACAGCCUACCAUUUCUCCACCACCAAAGCCCACAGUCACCAGAGUUGUUUCUUCAACACAUUUGGUAAAUCAUCCACUAGACCUUCAGGAAAUGCAGCAACUAAUAUACCUAAUCCUAUAGUAGGAAUGUAGAGGACAUUCUCACUUCAUAAAGACAGAAAACCAGAACAGAAGGGCAACAACCAGAUAAGUACAGCUCAGUUAGAAACAGACAGCAACUUCUCUGUUGGCCUCUCAGGAAACAUCUGGCUCAGAUAUACUUGGUAUCCCUGUUCUCUCUCCAGAUCCUAUUCCUGUUAUCAAGAAUUCAGUAAAACAUACUGAAUGGAAAUGGAUAAAGACAACCACAAGGGCCCAUAAACAAUAUCUGCCAACUCAACCUGUUGUCUUCAAAUGCUAAAGAAGGAGAACAAGGGUACCAGACUAGAUAUGACUCAAAAGAUUAAUGUUCACUUGGUAACUUCCUUUACUGACUUAAUCUUGAUCAGAAGUCCAGAUUAGUAUGUGAAGCUAGAAGUGCCGUUAUUAAUGCCUCAGAUUAUUUGUGUUAGUCCCAGUACAUUAACUAUUUCAAAGAGACCACUACUCUUAAAAGAUGAGAAAAAUAUAGAAAAGAAAAAAACAACUAUAUUUGUACCCAUGACUGACAUCUGGACUGAAUUUAUGUUUGAUGCAUUUUUGGGGGAAAUUUGCAAUACAAACUAAUAUCAGAAUUCCUAAUAUUAAUAAUGCACUUUAUGUACUUUUUUUAAGGUUAGAAAUCAUAACUAAUUUUGGCUUUUUCAGCUUGGUGAAUUUUAGUUUUUUUUUUUCCUUGAAGAAGUUUCUUCAGUACUGAUCUUAAAAUUGGAUACCAUUGUGCAGUGGUGUAAUAUACUUCAGAGAAAGCAUAUAAGUACAUGUAACUCAGUCCCUGUGAGAUAACUGCAAACCCUUAAAAAUGAAAUGUCAACUCUUGGGUAUAUAUUUGACAUCAAAACAGUAAUUACUAAGUGUUUGGUUUUGAUGGGACAUGACCUAGAAAUGAUAGCUGUAGGAUGAUAUUAGAGAGCGCAUGAUCAGCAAUCAGACAUUUUCUUUGAGCUAGCAAAGCUCCAUAUUCUCCUGUCCUCAAUCAUUUGUCCUAAAAUAAGCUUAUGGCCUCUACCCUCUUCUCUUUGCUGUGUGCACAGGGUAUGCUUGUAUGUUGUUUCAUUAAAAAACAUGGAAAUCUAGUAUUUUCUAAACCAUGAUGUGAAACCAACAAUCUUGUGCCACAUGGCACAAAACACCAAAUUGAUUCCAUGGCUAAUAUUUCAGUAAAACUUCACUAAAUAUUUAAUCUCUGUGUCUGAGAAGUUUUACAAAUUCCAUAGAAUACUGCUUUAUAGGAAAGCUAAUUCCCAAUCUUUGUCUUUUCCAUAGGCAAAAAAAGACAUUUUCUGCAAGAAUCUUUAACCAAUUGUUAUUUUUUAAAGACUUACCAAAAACCAUCAGUGGAUUUUUCAUGUAGUCAUAUAAAAAUAAUUUCUAGAAAGCAUUUGAUAGCUAGUUAGCUUUCUAUUCUUUCGUUUUUAUCCAAGAUUAGAAAUACUGUUCUUUAAAAAGGAUCCCUCAUAAUAGAGCAUAAGCAGCUGAAUACCCAUGUCCAGGAACCACGAGGGAUAAUGGAUGUAGAUGAAUGAAAGCCCAGAAGACUUAACAGAUUUUCCAAGUAGCCUGGUUCUGUCUUCCCCUCUCCCACCUGUGUUCCCUUUUCCCAUGCGUGCAUUCUUUUUCUUGUUUCAUGUUAAACUGCAAUGUUUAGACUCUUUCCCUGUCCUUCUAGAUAAAUUUUCCAAAGUUGGAAGAUAGUCUUUUUCCUUUUAGGCUAUGCAGUAAUUGAGACUUUCUGAUAUCUGGUAUACAAUAUUUCUGUGUCUCACGUCUUCGCCCUGUGCAGUCACCUUACCCUUCCACGACAAUAAUAAAUCAGGUGAAACGUGCACAGUAUCUGUAUUUUGAAUAGCUAUGGUGUUUGGUUGAAAUCUCCAGGCACAAGUUUAGUCUUGUCAUUUUGUUUACACAUUGGCAAAAAAAUUAGUUUAUUAAGUGUUUCAUGUAGCCAUACCUGUUUUACCAAGCUGGAAACUUGGGACUUUUUAAUUCUAGUUUUUAUUACCUGAAUAUCAGACUAUUUUUUCAUGUGAUAUAUGUAGAGUCUCAUGCCUGGGGUUUGCUUUGUUAUGUAGUAUCUGUACUCCUUGUAUUUUCAAGCACUAUUUUGAAAACAGAUAAUGUAUUUCUCCAUUACAAACACAAUAAAAAUAAGUGGCAAACAAA